GAAACAAAAUAUUAUAUUAUUAUAGCUUAAAUUUUGGUAAGUUAAAUCCCAUCACAAAUUAGUAAUUGUACUGAGGACUGAAAUUAUCAUUUAGUGUAUUAACAGUAAACUGUAUAAUAAUAMUAAUAUAUAUAAGUAAAUAAUUGCACUUUAAUUUAUUGUUAAAUUUAAUUGUUUAAGGUACACUGAAUGGUACAAUUAAUGGAGAUUUUACACUACAUAUAAUGUCAAAAUGUAUAAUAAAUAUGCCAAUAUCAUUAGGGUUACAAAAGAAUUCUCCAUUAAAACCAGCAGUUGACAGAUUUUUGAGAAGAGUUAUCGAAGCAGGGUUAGUGAAAAAAUGGUUAAAUGAUGUUAUGUUGGACACAGUAAUACUCGAAGAACCUCAACAAAUUGAAGAAGUUAAAGCACUUAUGGACUUAAAAAAACUUUAUGGAGCUUUUGUAGUUUUGGUUGCUGGUUAUAUUUUAAGUAUAUUGGUUUUAUUAAUUGAAAUUAGUUAUUGGUAUGGAGUGGUAAUAAAAGAUCCACUAUUUGAUGAGUAUUCAUUAAACUGUUAUAAUGUAAAACAAUAGAAAAACAAAUAUAAUACUAUGUGAUGAUUUAGAACACAAUAUUGUAUUGAUGAA